CACUGUUGGGUAUCUUCUUACUGUUAGAGACGCCCAGAGUGACUUGUGUCCCAACUAUCAUGAAGGUGCUGGCUUCUCUCCUGGCUGUGUGCGUGCUGGUAGCCGUGGUGUCGGCGGCCCCCAACUGCCCGCAGUACGACGGCUCCACGCCCGUCUUCUUCCCUGACGAGAACGACAGCAGCAGCUUCUACGAGUGCAGCAACGGCAGGUCCGUCCACAUGGCCUGCCCCAGUGGCACCGUCUGGAACUCCAACAUCAACACCUGCGACUGGCCCCAGUCCAGGAAGUAGAAAGCGCCGUAUGAGUAGAUCUCUGACAUUUGACAUAAUAUGGAAUGACGCUAAAAAUGUACUCAAGUAGAUUUCACAAUGUACUCUAAUGUAAUAGUCAACUUUAAAUAAACAGCAAUAAGUAAAACAAAA